AUGGUAAUUCGCUGUUUGUAUAUAAUUGAAUUAACGGAUGCCGAAGAAGGUGGUCUGGAAUUGGUGGAUCCAUCAUGGUGUCCCGAAGAAGGACCACCACGGAAAAAAAUUAAAUCACCACCAGUUAUAUCACCAACCGCUUCAACAACCAGUAUAUAUAGCGGUGGUAGCAGCUCAAUCGAUUGGACAACAACAGGUACCACUCUUGAUAUGCAAGGUACACGUGUUACCAGGACACAAUACGGUUUCAGGACGCUACAAGAAUCAUCAGCAAAAAUGUGCCUUAAAGUUACUGGCUAUCCGUUACCUGAAAUCACUUGGUAUAAAGAUGAUCAGAUGCUGCGUGAAGAUGAAAGGCAUACAUUCUAUGCAGAUGAAGAUGGGUUCUUUGCUUUGACUAUAGAUCCCGUACAGGUUGAAGAUACUGGGAGGUAUACAUGUAUGGCCACUAAUGAAUAUGGGCAGGCAUCAACAUCGGCAUUUUUCAAGGUGCUCAAAGUUGAAAAGGAAGCAGCACCACCAGCAUUUAUAACGAUGUUGCAAGAUCAGGAAGUGAAAGAGGGAGAAAUGGUGUCGUUUGAAUGUGAGGUGGAGGGAUGGCCAGAACCAGAAUUGGUUUGGUUGGUCGAUGAGCAACCACUUCGACCGUCACACGAUUUUAAAUUAGAAUACGACGGACAAAACGCUAAGCUAGAAAUUCGCGACGCUCAACCGGAAGAUACUGGUAUUUAUUCAGUUCGAAUCAAGAAUGAAUAUGGUUCAGCUGAAUCAAAGGCGCAAUUAACAGUGGAACCGGAUCCAGACAAGAAUCACAUCGCACCUGAAUUUCAGGCAGUAAUCGAAGAUGUCGAAUGUAAUGAAGGAGAUACGGUUAAAUUUAAGGCAGUUCUUACCGGUGAUCCUAUGCCAGAUGUAAUUUGGAUGAUCAAUGGUGUACCAUUGUCUGAGUCAGAUAAGAUCAAAUUUAUCAGUGAAGAUGGGAUUUAUAUUCUAACAGUUACCGAUGUUUCCAGACAUUUUGAUGGUAUCGUUACAUGUAAAGGAAUUAAUCGACUUGGCUCACAGAGUUGUGAUGCUCAGUUGAAAGUACGGGUACCACCAGAUCCGCCACAUUUUGAACGUCCACUUGAGGAUAAAAUUUCGCAGGAAGAACAAACAAUUGUUUUAGAGACAGAAGUUAGCGGCUUUCCGGAACCAAAUGUAUCGUUUAUGAUUAAUGGAAAACCGAUUGUAUCCGGUGAAAAUGGUAUUGAAAUUAUUGAGAGAAGUGAAGGAUGCUAUCGAAUUGAAAUUUCAAAAGCUAGUGCUGAAUUACAUAACGGUGAAAUUAUUUGUACUGCAGUCAAUGAACACGGACAAGCGGAAAGUAGAGCACACAUUGUCGUGGAGCCUGUUGAGAAAGAUUCACUUUUUCCGCCUACUUUUAUCAAAGAUAUUGAAGAUCAGACUGUUAAAUAUGGCGAAAUGGCUGUUUUCGAAACAUCUGUUCGUGGAAGUCCAAAUCCUGAGGUUUCCUGGUUUAUCAAUGGUCAAAAAGUUGAAAGGGCAACACCUGGAAUACAAAUUGAAACACAAUCAGUUACCGAUCACAAGCUUAUUGUUGAUUCAGCACAACAUGCAGGAACUAUUUUAUGCAGAGCUGAGAAUUCUGUUGGUCGUUAUGAAACAAAAGCAAAAUUAACAAUAAUUUCUGGUGAAAAGAAAAAACGUGCACCAGAAUUUAUUGAGAAAUUAGUCGAUACAAAUGUUAUUGAAGAAUCGACUGCUGUAUUUGAGGUUCGCGUUGAAGCUGAACCGACGGCUAAUUUGAAAUGGUUUUUAAACGAAAAGGAAUUAACCGUAUCAGAUCACGUCAAAAUUCGUGAAUUUGACGGUAGCUGGAAAUUGGAAAUCAACAAAUUAAAAAUUGAAGAAAGUGGUAUUAUUCGUUGUGUAGCGGAGAAUUCUGAGGGUAGUGCAGAAUCAUUGGCGCAUUUGACAGUUAACAAAAAACCAUUAGCACCGCAAUUCGAAGAUCGUCCAAAAAAUGUUACCGUUCAACAGGGUCAAGAAGCUCAAUUUCAAGCUCAUGCAGUUGCAGUACCCGAACCUGUAUAUCAGUGGUCUAUUGGUGGUCGAAAAAUUAGGGAAACUACGGAAGGUGCCAAAGUUGAAACUAUCAAUGGUGUUUCAACACUUACAAUUGACACUAAAAUUUUCGAUUCUUCUACUAUUUCUGUAACAGCUACAAAUUCCAUAGGUGUUGAUGAAACGGGCGCUUUGUUGACAGUGCAGGAAAAAGAUAUGAAAGAAGAACUAAAAGAAUCUGAAAAGACCUCGGUAGAACAAAUGCCAGUAAUCAAGAAGACACUUCAUGAUCAAAAUGUUAAACAUGGUGAAAUGGCUGAUUUUGAGGUUUCCAUUGAACCAAAUGAGGUUGUCGCAGAAUGGUAUAGCAAUGGCAAGCAACUGACCGAUGGAAUGCCAGGAGUAAAAAUCUCCCAUCAGAAUUCCGAUUUUAAGUUAACCAUUGAUUCGGCCUUAUAUGCUGGUGUCAUUGUCUUCAAGGCUUCAAAUAAAGCCGGCAAAGCGGAAAGUAGUGCGAAUUUAAUUGCUAUCCAGGAAAAGGUUGUCCAGAAAGCGCCGGAAUUCCUGAAUGCACUCGAUGAUAUUUCGGUCAAGGAAGGAGAUAAAGUGGAAGUUACCAUUGAAACUGACGGUAAUGCUACUUUCGAAUGGGCACUGAACGGGAAAACUUUGCAGAGCAAUGUAGGAGGUAUUACAAUCAGAAAUGAGAAAAGUAAAAGUGUGCUGAUAUUCGAGAAAGUUUCACUACAACAGGCUGGUAAUAUCAAGGUAACAGCAACCAAUGAAGGUGGACAAGCGUUUUCUUCUUUCAAUAUGACUGUCACUGAAAAAGAUAUAGCACCUGAAAUUAUCACAGGACCAAAUUCAUUGUCCAUCAAAGAGAAUGAUGCAGCUGAAUUUCGUGCUGAAAUAACUGGAAAACCUACACCGACAGUAAAAUGGCAAUUAAAUGGACGUGAACUGUCAUCAUCGGAUACAAAUAUCAUCAUUAAAUCGUUCGAAGAAGUUUACAUUAUGAGGAUAGAAAGAGCAAACGUGAAACAUGCUGGUGAAGUGGCUGUUAUCGCAGAAAAUACAGCCGGUAUGGUAGGCAAGGAAGUUGUUUUGAAAGUUGAACCAGAUCUAACAAAGCCAGUAUUCAAAACACAUCUGAUCGAUCGUAGCGUAAACGAAGGUGAACCAUUAAGAUGGGAUAUUGCAAUCGAACGUCCAUACCAAGAAGUGACCAUUAAGUGGUUUUUGAAUGGAAAAGAGCUAACAAACAAUGAAAAUGUACAAAUUAUUGAUCAUGGUGAAGGAAAAUAUCAUAUAACCAUAAAUGAGGCUAAAUCAGACAUGUCCGGAACAUUAAUUGCCGAAGCGAAAAAUUCCUGUGGAACCAGUGAGUCGAGCGCUUUCGUUGAAGUUAAAGAAGUAGCUCGUAAACCGGAAAUUCUAAGACAACCGCAAGAUCAUGAGGUUGAGGAAAAUCAAACUGUAAAAUUCAGUGCUAUUAUUUCCGGAAAACCUACACCAACGGUAAGUUGGUAUAUGGAUGGGAUGAAAUUGGAGAAUAGCAACGAAAUUGGCGUGAAAUUUGAUGGAACUACUGGAAAGACAUCUAUUAAGAUUUUCAAAGCAAAUCUAUCUGAUAGUGGAAAGAAGAUUACAAUGAAAGCAGAAAAUGCAGAAGGACAAGUAGAAGCGAGCGCAAUCCUAACUGUCAGCAAAAAAUUGGAACCACCAACUAUUAUAUCUGAAAUGAAGAGCCAUCAGGUAAACCAAGGUGAAACGGUUAAUUUCUCGAUUAAAGUAGCUGGUUAUCCAGCUCCGGAAGUAUCUUGGUUUCUCAAUGGUGAACCAAUCACACCCAACAAUAAUAUCAAAAUUACUGAAGAGGAUGGUGUGCAUACAUUGGUGCUAAGUGAUGUUCUACCAGAACAAAGCGGUGAAAUUUCAUGCGAGGCAAAGAAUAGUGUCGGAUCCAAAAAGCAGUUGGCAACAUUAGCAGUAAAGCUAACCGGCAAAGCACCAAUUUUUGAGAAAAAUAUUGAAGAUAAAUUGGUGGUGGAAGGAGAAGAAUUAAUUAUGGAUGCUAAACUUGCUGAGGUUAAACCUGUUCCCACAAUAUCAUGGUUGAAAGACGGUGAACCACUGAAAGAUGCUCGUUUCAAAUUGAGUCGAGAAGAAGAUGGAACAUUGAAAUUGAAAAUUGAUUCCGUUGAAUUAGGUGAUAAGUCACGAAUUACAAUACGAGCUGAAAAUCAAUUCGGAUCGGCUGAUUGUUCGGCAUCAAUUGGAGUGACUAAAAAACGACCGAUGGCAAAACCAGCUUUCCUAUCUGAUAUACCGGCAACUACGGUUACCGAAGGAGAAUCCCUCAAUGUUAAAGUAAUUAUCACUGGUGAUCCCGUACCAUUUACAAAAUGGUAUAUUAAUGAUCAGCUUGUGAUAGCAACUGAAGAUACAGAAAUGAAAGAAGAAAAUGGUGUACAUUCGUUAACAAUUCAUGGUUGUACCAAAGAUAUGACUGGUAUUAUUAAAUGUGUUGCAUAUAAUAAAGCUGGUGAAGUAACAACACAAGGAAAUCUUACUGUUUUAACACCAAUACCGGUAGAAUUUGAAACAUCACUUUGUGAUGCUGUAUGUCGUGAAGGUGAUACACUGAAAUUAAAAGCUGUUUUAAUGGGUGAACCAACUCCUGAAGUGUCAUGGUAUGUGAAUGGUAAAAAAUUGGAAGAAUCACAAAACAUUAAGAUACAUGCAGAAAAAGGAACUUACACCGUUACGAUCAAAGAUAUUACGUGCGAUUAUUCUGGAAAAGUUGUGUGUGAAGCGGUAAAUGAAUAUGGUAAGGCGGUUUCUGAGGCAUCACUUUUGGUGUUACCACGAGGUGAGCCACCAGAUUUCAUCGAAUGGCUCAGCAAUGUGAGAGCACGACAAGGGUCACAGGUUACUCAUAAGGUAGUUUUUACGGGUGAUCCGAAACCAAAUCUCACAUGGUAUAUUAAUAAUGAAGAAAUGAAAAACAGUGAUGAAAUCACUAUUAUCACGGAUGAUAAUACAUCAACGCUAGUGAUCAAAAAUUUCGAUCAGGAUAAGCAUACCGGUGAAAUCAUUUGUAAAGCUGAAAAUGAUGCUGGUGAAGUGUCCUGUACAGCUAGCAUGGGACCUUAUACCUCAGACAUGUUCUCAGAAUCACAGACGGAAUCUGAAGCAAUGGCCGAAGAUAUGCUUAACAUUGAUGAAGGUCCAGAAUUUGGUACGGAAGCAGAUUCAAUCGAGGAAAUGCAACGUACACCGACACCAAUUAUGGCACCAAAAUUCAUUACUAAAAUUAAAGAUACCCGAGCAGCACGUGGACAUCGAGCUAUUUUCGAAUGUGUCGUUCCAGAUACCAAAGGCGUUUGUUGCAAAUGGUUAAAAGAUGGACGUGAAAUAGAACUAAUUGCAAGAAUUCGUGUGCAAACUCGAACCAUGGAAGGUCACGUAGUCAGUGAAUUGAUCAUUGAUGAUGUUGUACCAGAAGAUGCCGGAAAAUACGCCGUUGUAGUGGAAAAUAUUGCUGGCAAGGAUUCUUGCGAGGCAACUUUAAAUGUAAUCGAAGUGCUGCUGAAACCGGACACACAUGCACCGGAAUUUGUUGUUGCCAUAAAAGACAAAACAUGUAAUGAAGCGGAAAAAGUUCUUUUCGAAUGUAAAGUAAUCGGUGAACCGCCACCAACUAUUGCUUGGUUCCAUGGAAAGACUGUGAUAGCUGAAGAAACGAAUAAAACAAUCAUUGAGUCAGAAGGUUCCAUCCAUCGGUUAGUUAUCGUUUCGGCUGAUGUUGCUGACCGAGGACAAUACACAUGCUUGGCUGAAAAUGCUGAAGGCAAAGCAGAGUCCAAGGCAAUCCUUACUGUAUUAGCUGAAGCGCCACAAUUUACUCGUCACAUCACUUCUAAAGAAGUAAGCAUAGGUGAGAAAGUAAUUUUGGAUUGUUCCGUUAAAGGUUCACCACAGCCAAUAGUACAAUUCUUUCGGGAAUCCACUCGUAUUACUUCGGAUUCUCAUCAUUCUAUUGAACAUGAUAAUUCUAAUGUGCACUGGAGACUAGUAAUUGAGAAAACGGAGGAAUCUGAUUUUCGAACGUAUCGCGCUGUCGCUAUCAAUUCUGUCGGUAUGAUAGAAUCAGAGGCAGAAAUUAAGCAGAAAAAAAUAAAUCAAAAACCGAAAUUCACCGAAGUAUUGAAGAAUCGAAAGGUUACUGAGGGUGAUGAAAUCAUUAUGGAGGUGAAAUUUCUCGGUAUUCCACCACCGGAUGUCAAAUGGUUUAAAGAUAGCAAGGAAAUCGUGGAAGAAAAAGAAAAAAUUACAAUAAGAACUGAAGAAAGUCAGUCCGUAUUGCUUAUCAAAAAUGCAAAACCGGAAGAAGCAGGAAGCUAUCGGGUCGAACUGGUUAAUUCGGAGGGUAAAGAGACGUCAAGUGCCAAUGUUACUGUGGGGUCAACCGCUGUACCACCGAAAUUCACGGAAAUCCUAACCGAUAUAGAAGUUUGUGAACUAGAAAGUACCGAAAUGAAGGUAACUGUGACCGGCUUACCUACACCUAAGAUGCAAUGGUUUAAAGAUGGUGCACCGGUGCAAAUCAACAGUGAACGAAUAUUCGUUCGAGAAACUGGAACCAAUCAACAUAUUUUAACCAUUAAGCAGGUUCAGUUAGAAGAUGCUGGUUUCUAUUCAUGUAAAGCAACUAAUAAGGCGGGUUCUGAAGAAUGUAAAGCAAAAUUUGUAGUACUUGAACUUCUACAAGCACCAAAGUUUACCAAACAAUUGUCUGAAAUCAAGGCAAAAGAAAUCGAAACUGCUGAACUUACAGUAACAGUAACCGGAAAACCGACACCAGAAGUUUGCUGGAGCAAGGAUGGUGUACCUAUAAAUAUCGACAAUGUCCAUUUUGCAACCAAAGAGGAUGAAAGUGGUCAUCAUACUUUAGUUAUCAAGCAGGCUAAAUUAGAAGAUGGUGGCAUUUAUUCUUGUAAAGCUUACAAUAAAAUCGGUGAGUCGGAAACCAAAACAUUAUUUGCAGUUGAAGAAGAGAAUGAAUUACCACAGUUUUCAAAAGGCUUGAAGGAGUUUUCGGUACAGGAAGGUGAAACUGCUGAAUUAUCGGUAACAUUGGUCGGAAAACCAACACCUGAAGUUGCAUGGUAUAGAGAUGGAGUUCCGGUAAACAUUGAUAACAACCAUAUUUUAGUGAAGAGAGAUGAUGCGGGGCAUUCCAAAUUGGUCAUCAAAGAAGCCCGUUUAAAUGAUACUGGCAUUUAUUCAUGUAAAGCUACGAAUAUAGUUGGAAGUGCUCAAACUGAAGCUAAAUUUGCAGUUGAAGAAACUGUUGAAGUACCAAAAUUCAUUGAAGGUCUGCAAGAGAUUUCAGUGCAAGAGAGUGAAACAGCACAACUAUCGGUUACAGUAGUUGGAAAACCGACUCCUGAGAUAGUAUGGUUGAAAGAUGGUAUUCCGAUUAAUAUUGAUAAUGAGCACAUCUUAUCAAAGAAAGAUGAACAAGGACAUCAUACGCUGAUAGUUAAAGAAGCUCGACUGGGAGAUAUGGGCAACUAUUCUUGUAAAGCGGUCAAUUUAGCUGGUACCGAGGAAACGGAAGCAAAAUUAGCUGUUAUUUCGGAACUGAUGCCACCAUUAUUUACAGAUGAAAUUGGUGAAUUAGAAAUACAAGAAGGCGAAAAAGCAGAACUUAAAUGCACCGUUGUUGGUAAUCCGAAACCAGAGGUAACAUGGAUGAGAAACGGUGUUGUGAUAAAUAUCGAUAAUACCCAUUUCUUCAAAAAGGAUGAUGAAACUGGAAAGCAAACAUUAAUAAUUGCUAAUGUAAAUAAAGAAGAUUUUGGUAUCUAUACAUGUGUUGCUACCAAUACAAUUGGCACUGCUGAAAUUGCUGGGAAAAUUAAAUUUCCAAAAUAUGGUUUUGAAAAGAUGCAAAUGGAAGAAGUUAAGCCAAUGUUUAUCGAACCACUGGAAACACACACCGUAAAAGAAGGUGAAACGGUCAGUAUACAGUGUCGGGUGAAUGAAAAUGCAAAAGCUGAUAUUCGUUGGUACUUAGGUGAUAAGCCAAUUGAACCAAGCGAACAUUUGAUUGUGAGAAAACUUGACGAUGGUACGGUAAAGCUAACAAUUGAAAAUGCUACCAAAGAAGAUGUUGGUAUGUAUCGAUGUGAAGCAAUCAAUAAAUCCGGUAAAGCAACAACUGCAGCAAAGCUUAAUUUUGCAACAGAAGAUAUGGAAGAAGUGGAAGAUGAAUCUGCUUUAAUAGGAUUUAUUCAGCCGUUAGCCGAUGUUAUCGCAGUUAAUAAUUCAACAGCAGAAUUGAUGUGUGCCUUAAAUGCUGCCAAAGGUGAUGUUCAGAUACAAUGGUCUAAAGAUGGUUUAGAAGUAUCAGCAAAACAUAUCACCAUUCAGCAACUUGUUGAUGGUACUCAGAAAUUGAAAAUUUCUAAAGUAACCACAGACGAUGUUGGAACUUAUCGAUGUACUGCUUCCAUUGGUGACUCAUCUGCAUGGACCGAAGGGAAACUCAGUAUUUUAGAAACAGAGAAGGAAACAAUACAAGAUGAAGGACCACCAGAGUUUACCGAACUUUUGAAAUCGUGCACGGUAACUGAAAAUGCUGAAAUUGUCCUUCGAUGCAAACUGAAAGGUCUACCGAGACCAACGAUAUCCUGGAUGAAAGAUGGCAUCAAGUUAGAUCAAAAUCAUCGCGUAAUUACUGAAUACCAUGAAGAUGGCACCAUUGUGCUGAAAAUCAAAAAUGCUAGAAAAGAGGAUAGUGGUGAAUAUCGAUGUGAUGCAGUUAAUACAUUUGGUGCUGCUUGGACUGCUGGACCUGUUCGAAUUGCAACUGAAUCGGAAUUGCAGCAAGAAGGCGAAGCACCUGAUUUUAUUGAACCGGUCAAACCUGUCACUGUUUCUGCUGGUGAAAUAGCAGUAUUGGAGGGUAAGGUCAAAGGACAGCCAAAACCAGAAAUCAAAUGGUUCAGCGGUGAAAAUAUGGUAAAGGAAAAUGCAAACAUUCAACUUGAAAAUCUUCUCGAUGGUACCCAAAGACUUAUAGUGAAAAAUGCAACUAUUGAAGAUGCCGGAGAAUAUCGUUGUGUUGCAAGUAAUGAAUAUGGUGAUGUAUGGAGUGAUGUUACAUUAACCGUUCAAGUUCCUAUAUCAGAGGAGGAAGGCGGAAUAGAACGUGCAGCGCCAACAUUCUUGAAAACUUUAGAAAGAAUCUAUGCUAAAGAGUCAGAAAACGUUGUGUUCGAAUGUAAAAUUGUUGGUGAACCAAUGCCUGAAAUUAAAUGGUUCAAGGACAAAGAAGAAAUCAGCGCAAAUGAUGCCCAUUUCAAAAAGGAAACACUUCCGGAUGGUACAGCUCGGCUGAUUAUUAACUCAGUCAAUAAGGAUGAUAGUGGUGAAUUCAGAUGUGAAGCGCAGAAUACUUCUGGUACAGCACGUACCGAUGCAACGUUGAAUGUGCGGUAUGAUUUUGAAAUACCGGUGGAAAGUGAAAUCGCACCGGAAUUUGUACAGGAAUUAAAAGCGGCACAGGCUAAUGAAGGAGAACAAAUUUCUUUCGAAUGCCGAGUAGUUGGUGUUCCUGUACCAGAGGUAAGAUGGUUCAAAGAUGGUAAUGAAAUAAAAUCUAAUGAACAUGUUCGCAUUGAAAGUUCAUCGGAUGGUACAAAUCGUUUAGUAAUUGAUUCAGUUAAUGUUGAAGAUCAAGGUAAUUAUCGAUGUGAAGCGUUAAACAAUGCCGGAUCGAUGAGUUCGAAAGCUCCAUUAACUGUUAAUGAACUUGAAACUCUGAAGCUGAAGGAAGGCUUGACAGAUACGAUGGUGGAAACUGGAACUAAAAUUCGAUUGUUUAUUGAAGUUGAAGGAAAACCAAAAACAGUAAAAUGGUUCCAUGGAAAGGAUGAAAUCAAAGCAAAUAAACGGACCAAAUUGGAAACAACUGCGGAACAUAAAUACAGCUUAGAAAUCGAUGAGGCAGAAAGUUCAGAUGAAGGGAAUUAUCGUGUAGUCUUAUCAACUGAUACCGAGACCGUUGAAUCAUCCUGUACAGUAACUGUAUUUAAAAGAGAAGUAGUACCAGUCUUCCGGAAAGGUCUUCAAGAUCAGAACGUGCCAAAAGGAUCCAAACUUGUGCUUGAGAUCGAAUUAGACGGCACACCAAAACAAAUCAAAUGGUUAAAGGGUGGUAUACCAAUAGAUAAUAGAAUAAUGGAAGCGAAAGAUCUUGGUAACGGAAAAUAUCAGCUGAUAAUAGAUGAAAUCAAAGAAAAUGAUACGGGUGAAUAUACCGUUGAAGUAUCUAACGAUGCCGGAACAAUCAAAUCUAAAGCAAAUGUUACACUUACAAAAGAGAAGCCAGAAAUUAUCAGUGGCUUAAAGCCAACAAUAGCUGAAAUUGGUGAGAAAGUAACACUUGAAGUUGAAACCAAAGGUCCGAUCAAGCAAGUCAAAUGGUACAAGAAUGGCGUGGAAGCAAAAGAUGUUGAGACGAAGCAAAUUGGUGAUAAUAAAUAUCAAUUAAUUAUCGAUAAAGCAACCAAAAAUGAUGAAGCUGAUUAUAAGGUUGUGUUAUCAAAUGAUACAGGUGAUGUAGAGUCAUCAGCCAAACUAACCGUGAAACUACCAAAAAUUGAAUUUACUAAGCGUUUGGAGGAUGAAACACUUGAUGCUGGUACUAAGGCUGUCCUAACUAUUGAAGUUAAUGUGCCACCAAAACAAAUUAAAUGGUACAAGAACGGCAAAGAAAUUACAGCAAGUGAUAAAGCUAAACCGAAUAAGCUUAAUGAUAAUGCAUAUCAGUUGAUAAUACCGGAUACAGAGAAAGAUGACACUGCUGAAUAUAAAGUUGUAAUUACCGGAGAUGACGAUAAUACAGCUGAUUCUUCUUGUGCAUUGACUGUAAAAUUACCAGCAUUAAUUAUCGAAAGGGGUUUAGAAGAUCAAGUGGUUAAUGUUGGUGAAAAAGUGUUACUUGGUGUCGAAGUUAACACACCACCGAAACUGGUUAAAUGGUAUAAAAAUGGUAGGGAAAUUGUUUCAAACGAUAAAUCAAAGGCGAAGAAAGUAAACGAUAAAUGUUAUCAGCUUGAAAUAUCCAAUGCUACGGAAGAUGAUGCAUCUGAUUAUAAGGUUGUACUUUCAAAUGAGGAAGGAAGUGUGGAAUCGAGUUGUGUGCUAACAGUCAAAAUACCAGCCGAGAAACCUACAAUUAAAAGAGGAAUUGAGAAUCAGUUUAUUGCAGUUGGAAAACUUCUAGAAAUCCCAAUUGAGACGACAGGUAAGCCGAAGGUAGUGAAAUGGUACAAAAACGGGCAGUUAAUGUCAGGUGAAACAAACAAAAUGAUCAAAGAAGAAAAGAUUGAUGAGAACAAUUAUGUUUUGAAAAUCGAGGGAUGUACAUUGAAUGAUAGUGGCACUUAUUCGGUUGAAGUACAAAAUGAAGCAGGUCAAGCUAAGAGUUCAGGAGAGAUAACCGUUGAAGAUAAGUUAAGCUUCCUAAAACCAUUACAUGAUGUUGAAGUGGUAGAGGCUGAACAAGCGGUACUUAUGGUUGAAACAAAUAUUCAUCCAAGAAUUAUUAAAUGGUAUAAAAAUGGACAAGAAAUGAAGCCUAUAAGUGGACGAAUUGAAAUGAAAGAUAACACGACAAGAUUUCAACUUAUCAUUAAGAAAGCUGAAAUUGAUGAUGAAGCUGAUUAUAAGGUUGUCUUAUCGAAUAGCGCUGGCGAUGUUCAGUCAUCUGCAAAAUUAACAGUUAAGAAAUCAAAGGGCGAAAUAAAAAUUAUUAAAGGUUUAGAAGAUCAGGUUAUUGCAAAAGGUGAUGAAUUGAUAUUAGAAAUCAAGGUGGAAGGUGAACCAACCGAAGUUCGAUGGCUCAAAAAUGACGCUGUACUUCCAAAAGAUGCCGAAGCUAAAAUUGAAAAAAUUAAUGAGCAAACGUACCGCCUAACAAUUCCACAAGUUGAUAGUACGGAUGCGGGUGCCUAUAGUGUUGAAGUAAUUAACGAAAUUGGUAAAGUACAGAGUACUGGUAACGUGGAUGUUGACAUGAAGCCUGAGAUCACUAAAGGCCUAGAGAAUUCUGAAAUCCCUGAAGGUGAUGAGCAACUCUUCAAGGUUGAAACAAAUGUACCCAUUCGGGAAGUCAAAUGGUAUAAGAAUGGACAGGAAAUAAAACCUUCACCAAACAUGAUCACGAAGCAAAUUACUUCAAAGAAGUUCGAGCUUAUAAUUGUCAAAGCAUCGUUGGACGACACUGCCACCUAUAAGGUAACCUUAAGCAACAAAGCUGGUGUUUGUGACUCAUCAGCUAGUUUGACUGUUUUAAAGCCCGAUCUGUUGAAACUUCUUGACAACUUGAAAGAUAUUGAAGUAAAUGAAGGUGAAAUGAUCAAACUUUCUAUUAAAGUUGAAGGGCAACCGAAAACGGUCCAAUGGCUCAAAAAUGGCCAAGAAAUCAAAUCAGAUGAUCAUGUGCAAAUUACUGAAAAUCCUGAAACUGGUGAAUAUACCUUAACAAUACCAGAGAGUUUGUCAUCAGAUGAUGCGGCAUAUCGUGUCGUGCUUUCCAACCAAUUUGGCAAAGUGCAAAGUGGUUCCAUUACUCGCGUCAAACCAAAGAAAACGGAACCAAUUACGAGUGUAGCAACUUUCAUUACACCACUGGAGGAUGUUAAUGUACCAGAAGGUGACAACUUAACUUUGAAGUGCAAAGUGUCCGGAGAACCAAUGCCGACACUUAAAUGGUAUAAAGAUGGUACAGAAAUUACUAAAGAUGAUCGGAUUGUAAUGCGUAUGGCCCUUGAUGGUACCGCAACCUUACGUAUUCGGGAUAGCAGGAGGGAAGAUGCAGGUAGAUACAGUGUUUCAGCAAUCAAUGCCGCUGGUGAAUCAAAGUCCGAGUGUAAUGUUCGGGUGUUAGAUGCUGAAGAAUUACCAUCAGAACCGAAAUUUGUUAUUCCACUUAAGGAUGUCGUGGCAGAAAUUGGAACUAAAGCUGAAUUCAACAUCAAAGUUCGCGGUAUACCAAAUCCCACACUCAGUUGGUUAAUUGCUGGCCAAGAUGUGACACAGUUGGAUGGUGUCAAAAUUGAAGAUAUGGGUGAUGGUAAUUGGACGAUGAUAGUUGAAAAUGUUACCGAAGAAUUUAUUGGUCGUAUCAAAUGCGUUGCAACUAAUGAAUACGGGAAAGCGGAAUGUGAAUCGCAACUAAUUCAGACGGAGUCAAAACUUAGAAAAGCAAAAACUGAAGAGGGUUAUCCACCGAAAUUUAAUGUACCGCUGUGGGAUAGACGAAUAACGGCGGGACAAGUCACGACAAUUGAAUGUCACGUGGAUGCGAAACCAACUGCUAAUAUCGUUUGGACAAAGGAUGGUGUAACUUUGGUAGAAUCAGAUCGUAUUGAAAUUCGCAACACACCAGAUGGAGCAUGCCGUGUACGCAUUAACAAUUUUGAUAAAGAUGACGCUGGUACCUAUAAAUGUAAUGCCACAAAUGCACUUGGAUCUGCCGAUACCAAAUCAAAUCUUAAUAUUCAAAUAAAAGAACAAGAAGAAGUGAUAGCGAAAAAAGAAUUUCCACCACGUUUUAAUCCACCACUUACGGAUAAAUUUGCGGAUAUUGAUGAAACGGUGCGUUUAUCAUGCAAAGUAGAUGCAUCACCAAAAGCAGCUAUAACAUGGUACAAAGAUGGGGUACCAUUAAGAAGUAAUGGUCGUAUUGUUAUCGAGAAUGAUGAUGAUGGUAACUGUUUGCUAACAAUCAAGCAUAGUACGGAAUCUGAUGAUGGAGCUUAUCGUUGUGUUGCUGUCAACGAUAUUGGUAGCUCUAAUUCCGCUUCCAUGGUGUCCAUUCGUAAAAUAAAAGAAGAAGUUAAAAAAGAAAGCGAAGAGCCAUUUUUCAUCAAAGGUUUAGUGGAUAAAUGGUUAGAACGUGGUGAAAAGUUAACCUUACAAUGCACCGUAAUUGGUGAUCCAAAACCUGAAAUUCGAUGGUAUCGCAAUGGAAUUUUGCUACGACCACAUAACAAAAUUAAUAUCGAAAAUACAUCGGAUGGUUUGUGCACAUUGACAAUCGACGAAUGCGCAAUGAGUGAUGAAGGAAUUUAUCGUUGUGAUGCUGAAAAUUGUAAUGGAAAAGCACGAACACAAUCAACUGUUCAUAUUGAGAGACCGAUCGAAAAGUUAGGAAAGAAGAUUGUCAAAGGUGAAGCACCACGGUUUAUCAUUCCUCUUCAAGAUACAACUGUUUAUAUAGGUUCCACAAUUGAUUUAGAAUGUAAAGUAGCUGGUGAUCCGAUGCCAACAGUUAAAUGGUCCAAAGAUGGUACGGUACUUCGCGAUGAUUUACGUUAUCAAUGGGAAAUAGAUGCUACAACUGGUACCUAUCGUUUAAAGAUUAACAAUGCGAAUGUGAAUGACGAAGGCUCAUAUCGAUGUGUUGCAACGAAUGUUGCUGGUUCAGCUACCACGAAGUCAUUCGUCAGCAUAGAUGAUGGAAGUUUUAUUCAAAAGCCAUCUUCCAAUGAACCACCACGCUUCACCAUUGCUUUGGGUGACACACGUGUUAUCGAAGGUCAACCGUUGAAAUUUGAGUGCAAGAUAGAAGGAGCUCCUUUAACCGAUCUUGUUUGGCAUAAAGAUGGUGAACGAGUGAUUCCUGAUGAUAGAAUUACGAUUGAAUGUGAUUCAGAUGGACGAGCACGUCUUAUUAUUAAUUCAUGCAAUGCAAAUGAUGAAGGUAUAUACCGAGUAAUUGCAACAAAUCCAUUUGGUACAGCACAUAGUAAAGCUACUGCAACGGUAAAGAAAUUAUACGAAGAUUCAACAAAUGGUUUCAUGGAUGGUGAGAAAUUCGAUGCAUAUCGUGCUCCACGUGUUAUCACACCACUUGAGAGUAUCAAAGUUAUGGAAGAUAACAGCUUUACAUUACGAUGCAAAUUUAGCGGUGAUCCACGUCCAAAAAUUAAAUGGUUCAAAAACGGUGAACGUAUCUACUCUUAUAGUCAAUGUACUUUGACCGAAAGCGAAGAUGGUACUUGUGAAUUGACCGUCAAAAAUGCUAAUCGAUUUGAUGGCGGUUGCUAUCGAUGUGUUGCCGAGAAUAUUUAUGGUUCCGAUAGAACUACAUGUGAAGUCACUGUACAAUUGAAAGAAAAGAAAUCACAACGUAAUUUCGAGGAUGAAAUUCGCGAAGGUAAUGCGCCAGGUUUCUCCACACCACUUACCAUGAAACGUGCUAAAGCUGGUGAUACUGUUGUCCUGAAAUGUGUUCCAUAUGGGAAACCUUUCCCAGAAAUCAAAUGGCUCAAAGAUGGCAUUGAAAUUGAAGUUAAUGAUAAGAUUAAGAUUGAAAGUUUAGAGGAUAAAACACAAUGUAUUAUUUUGAAAGAUGUUGAUUUCUUUGCGGAAGGCUUCUAUCGAUGUGUAGCAACUAAUGAGUACGGUACUGCCUCUACCAAAGCAGAGAUUGUACUUGAAGGUGAUCGAACAAUGCCAGGAAAGAAAGUGGAAACACUUAUUAAUGAGGAACCGGUAGAAAGUAAACCACGUAUUCGUCGUGGUUUAUAUAACAUGAGUGUACAUCAGGGUAAUACUAUUGAAAUGCAAGUGUGCACAUCAGGUUGGCCAACUCCAACGGUCAAAUGGUUUAAAAAUGGUCAAGAAUUAAAAUCCAGUGGACCAGAUGGUCCAGUAGUAGUAUGGACCGAUGAACGUGGUAUACAUCAUUGUGUAAUUCUUAAUGCUUCACCCGAAGAUGAAGCGGAAUAUGCUUUAGAAGCUACUAAUAAACUUGGCGUAGCACGUACCGAAGGGGCUAUCACGAUCAUUAGGCCAAGAGAAGUACCAGGAUAUGAAGAUGAUCGAGAUCGAGGUGGUAUGCCAUAUCCUCCAGGAUUUAUUCGUCAACUCAAAAAUAAGCAUGUCUUCUCACAUAUGCCAACAAUAUUUGAUUGUCUUGUAAUUGGUUAUCCACCACCCGAGGUUGAAUGGUUUCAUAACGGAAAAAAGAUAAUACCCGGUGGUCGAAUACGUAUUCAGUCUUGUGGUGGCGGAUCGCAUGCUAUCAUUAUUAUGGAUACACUUCCCGAAGAUGCAGGCGAAUAUGUAGCAAUUGCUAGGAAUUCUCAAGGCCAAGCUUCAAGUAGUGCAGUAUUGGAUGUAACUGUACCAUUCCUGGAUUCUAUCAAAUUUGACGGUUCCGUGGAUGUUACACCUUAUCUAACAGAAGAAUAUGGUUUCAAGAAAAUUCCACAUCACAAUAUCCCAACGCCACCAGAUCGUGGUCCAUUCAUUAAAGAAGUUACUGGACAUUAUUUGACACUUUCGUGGAUUCCAACCAAGAGAGCGCCACCACGGUAUCCUCAAGUAACAUAUGUUAUUGAAAUACGCGAACUACCUGAAAAAGAGUGGGUUCUGCUCGAUUAUAACAUUCCUGAGCCCGUAUGCAAAGUUCGAAACUUGCAACUUGGUAAAAGUUAUCAGUUUCGGGUACGUGCGGAGAAUAUUUACGGAAUUAGUGAUCCAUCACCUGCUUCGCCACCAUCUCGACUGAUGGCACGCCCGCAACCGGUACUUGAUAAGAACAAACGAGUUAUCCCUCUACUUGACCCGUAUGCUGAACGAGCUCUUGAUCAGGCUUAUGCUCAACAAUACGCAUGCGCACCAUGGUUUGCUCCUGGUGUUGAAGAAAAACGGUUCUGCGCAGAAAAUGAUACGCUCUCAAUAACGCUCUGUGUAUCCGGUUAUCCUGACCCGACGAUUGUUUGGAAAUUCUGCAACAUGAAUCUUGAUACGGGGCCUACAUCUAAAAUUCGGGUGUUAACACAUGCUGGCAUGGAAACAACACUCAUAAUAAAUGGAUUUAGUAAGGAAAAUGUUGGACAGUAUCAGUGUAUUGCAACAAAUCAGUAUGGUGAAGCCCAGCAAAAUAUCGUAGUUGAUCUCGGUGCACGACCAAGGUUUAUCCAGCCUUUGAUUAAUAAAGUAGUAUCCGACGGUAGGCCACUCAGGUUGGAUGUACGUAUUGAAGGGAGUCCAUUUCCAGAACUCAAAUGGAUGAAGGAUUGGAGACCAAUUGUAGAAUCAUCCCAUGUUAGUUUUACACGUGAAGGCUCUUUAUGUUCACUGAUCAUCAAUGAACCAUUUUGGCGCGACAGUGGAGUUUAUUCCGUCACAGCUGUAAACGACGCUGGUACAACAACAACGUCAUGUUCAGUAACUAUUGGAGCUGAUGGAGACUUCAGCAUGAUGCAUGAUAUUCAAAGGAAAAAAUCUCGCAUAGCAUUGGAAGCUCGUAAAGUUCGAGAAAUUUAUGAAAUUGAUGAAAACGAUGAAAAAGCUGCAGCCGCUGGAGCACCAUUUCAUGUUACCGAAAUUACCACCAAAAAACGUUUCUUGGCCCAAUUAUAUGCAUUGGAUGAAAAUUUAGCACGUAAUAUUGAAAUGCAAAAUAAUUUGGACAAUCCGAAUAUUAUACAACUUCAUCAGGCUAUAAUGGAUCAAGGCAUUGCCGUUCUCAUCUAUGAAAAGUAA